AACAGCCAAUCAGACACGCGGACGGUUUUUUAAAAUCCACCACGCUCUCAGUGUGGUGUGGUUUCGGAUAUUAGUCGGGGCAGAUAAAACAAAAUGAGAAGCUAGCCAGUGUAGACAGCACCUUUAAAAACACACGCCACAACUUUUCUUGGCAAAAGGGAAGAAAAACGUGCUGAGAACAGACAAAAGGUCACAGGACGCUGCUGGACAUAAAAGCGCUUCACCGAACGAGACAAAGGAAAACGAACCAGCAUCCAGCAAGGAUUCCAUCAGCAAAGUUCCCCCCAUUUUCAGUCUGCGGAGUCCAGGAAAGCCUAGAUCACCUCUGAGUGACGGUUCAAGCAUGCUGAUCCAGGAAGGAAAUGAAUCUGAUGCAACCAGUUCUGACCCUUCAAAGCUGGAACAGGAUAAACCCAAUGAAAUGAAAACUGAGAGUUGCGAUUCCCAAAACAAAAAGCCUGAAGGUAAAGGCUGUCUCAGUAAAGCAGCCGAAGAGCAAGCCUCUGACCAACACAUGCAAAAAGAGGUGAAUGCCAGGUCUGCGAAAGACGACAAAGUUUCAGCAUCCAAACCUCGCAGCAGAAAGCGUGGCAAAAAUAGAGCAAAGAAGACAGAGAACAAUGCUCAGCAAAACAAAAAUGUCACAGACUAUUUUCCCAUCAGAAGGAGUAACAGAAAAACAAAAGCAGAGUUAAAAAUUGAAGAACACAAACACAUUGAUGACCUGAUAAAAAAUGGCAUUGAAGAAGGAAUGGAGAUCCUACAGAUAGAAGGAAAGGGAAGAGGCAUAUUUGCUACCAGGGACUUCAAAAAGGGCGAGUUUGUCAUGGAGUACCAUGGAGACCUACUGGAGCUGGCUGAGGCUAAGAGAAGAGAGGCCCAGUACGCUCGGGAUCCCCAGACAGGCUGUUACAUGUAUUACUUCCAGUAUCAAUGUAAAACAUACUGUGUAGACGCUACAAGGGAGACCGGUCGUCUCGGAAGACUCCUCAACCACAGUAAAACGGGCAACUGUCAGACUAAACUUCACGCAAUCGAUGGAGUUCCUCAUCUGAUCUUGGUGACUUCCAGGGACAUAAAAGCAAAAGAGGAGCUGCUGUAUGACUACGGUGAUCGAAGGAAGAAAAACGUGCUGAGAACAGACAAAAGGUCACAGGACGCUGCUGGACAUAAAAGCGCUUCACCGAACGAGACAAAGGAAAACGAACCAGCAUCCAGCAAGGAUUCCAUCAGCAAAGUUCCCCCCAUUUUCAGUCUGCGGAGUCCAAGAAAGCCUAGAUCACCUCUGAGUGACGGUUCAAGCAUGCUGAUCCAGGAAGGAAAUGAAUCUGAUGCAACCAGUUCUGAGCCUUCAAAGCUGGAACAGGAUAAACCCAAUGAAAUGAAAACUGAGAGUUGCGAUUCCCAAAACAAAAAGCCUGAAGGUAAAGGCUGUCUCAGUAAAGCAGCCGAAGAGCAAGCCUCUGACCAACACAUGCAAAAAGAGGUGAAUGCCAGGUCUGCGAAAGACGACAAAGUUUCAGCAUCCAAACCUCGCAGCAGAAAGCGUGGCAAAAAUAGAGCAAAGAAGACAGAGAACAAUGCUCAGCAAAACAAAAAGGUCACAGACUAUUUUCCCAUCAGAAGGAGUAACAGAAAAACAAAAGCAGAGUUAAAAAUUGAAGAACACAAACACAUUGAUGACCUGAUAAAAAAUGGCAUUGAAGAAGGAAUGGAGAUCCAACAGAUAGAAGGAAAGGGAAGAGGCAUAUUUGCUACCAGGGACUUCAAAAAGGGCGAGUUUGUCGUGGAGUACCAUGGAGACCUACUGGAGCUGGCUGAGGCUAAGAGAAGAGAGGCCCAGUACGCUCGGGAUCCCCAGACAGGCUGUUACAUGUAUUACUUCCAGUAUCAAUGUAAAACAUACUGUGUAGACGCUACAAGGGAGACCGGUCGUCUUGGAAGACUCCUCAACCACAGUAAAACGGGCAACUGUCAGACUAAACUUCACGCCAUCGAUGGAGUUCCUCAUCUGAUCUUGGUGACUUCCAGGGACAUAAAAGCAAAAGAGGAGCUGCUGUAUGACUACGGUGAUCGAAGUAAAGACUCGAUCUUAGCUCAUCCUUGGCUCAAAUACUGAAUGCUUGACUAAAACCGUUUACCUUUUAGAUGCAUUAGUUAACGCUGCUUUGACAGCGUUACGUGAAAUACCACAGUUGUCCACAUGCUUAAUUUUAUUUUUUUAAAUUAAUAAGCUAUUUUGUUUUAAAUUGAGACUAAAGCUUCAGCUGAAAGUAUUUUUGCAGAGGUGGUUUUAAUCAGGCUUUUAUAUUUUUCUUAUGCAAUUGUAGCAAAUGGGUGCAAGUAUUUAUCCAGAUAACUAGUGUUUUACCUUUUUCAUGGGGGUUUUCAUUUUAUAAUGAAAAUGUCAAGACUGUAAAUAAUUAUCUGUGCUGUACAUUGAGGAAUAAAACAGUUGCUUUUCUA